GGCGUUCCGCCCAGCUCCACUGGCUGGGUAAGGAGACGGCUGCUUCCUCUUUCUUUCUCCGCCAGUCCCAAACCAGGCAGGAGCUGCGAUUUGGGAGUGUCGCGAUCCCCUAAGACUGAGGCAAACGUGGUGACAAGCUGGUCUGUGCAGGACCAGAACGGAGCCCAGCUGUGAGAACACCCCAGAGUGAACUGGAUUCGUCUGGGGUUCCAGCAGCCGCAUGCAGCCAUGCACUGCCCAGCCACACUCCUGCUCAUGCUCCUGGCCAGUGGGGCCGAGGCCUUUCGCAUCUGUGCCUUCAACACCCAGCGUCUGACACUGGCCAAAGUGGCCAGGCAGCAAGUGAUGGACACCUUAGUUCGGAUCCUGGUUCGCUGUGACAUCAUGGUACUGCAGGAGGUGGUUGACUCUACUGGCAAUGCCAUCCCCCUCCUGCUUCGAGAACUCAACCGAUUUGAUGACUCAGGGCCCUAUAGCUCCUUGAGCAGUCCCCUGCUGGGGCGCAGUACCUACAUGGAGGAGUACGUCUACUUUUAUCGGUCACACAAGACACAGGUCAUGAAUUACUACGUGUACAAUGACAAGGAUGAUGUCUUUGCCCGGGAACCCUUUGUGGCCCAGUUCACUUUGCCCAGCAAGGUCCUUCCUAGCCUGGUGCUGGUCCCACUACACACUACUCCUAAGGAUGUAGAAAAGGAGCUGAACGCCCUACACAAUGUGUUCCUCGAUGUCUCCCAGCACUGGCAGAGCAAGGACAUGAUCCUGCUUGGGGACUUCAAUGCUGACUGUGCUUCACUGACUAAAAAGCGCCUGGGUCAGCUGGUGCUGCGGAUGGAUCCAGGCUUCCACUGGGUGAUUGCUGAUGGGGAAGACACCACAGUGCGGGCCAGCACCCACUGCACUUACGACCGCAUUGUGCUGCAUGGGGAGCGCUGCCAGAGCCUACUGCGCACUGCAGCUGCCUUCAACUUCCCCAGAAGCUUCCAGCUCACUGAGGAGGAGGCUCUGAACAUCAGUGAUCACUACCCUGUGGAGGUAGAGCUGAGCCAGGCGGUGCACAGUGUCCAGCCCCUCAACCCAGCCACUUCUGCUGCUAUUGCUGCUGCUCUGUCAUUCCUGGCCCCUCAGCUAAACCCUGUGGCCUGAACCCCCUCCAGGGCAUGCUGCUACCCACAGAUGUGAUGACACUGCCUUUAAGACUGAAACCUUGUCUUCCCCUGUCCAUCCUGCCCUGGGACUGAAACAACUCCUAGGGGGCUGCAGCUGCAGCCCUCCUCCAUCUUCCUGGUUUGGCUUGUGUCUGCUGUCAGAAAAGGAAGCCAGGGGCCCUGAAUAAGGGACCCAGGUAUGGUGUCAGGAGUGGAGACAAAGCAGACUCCAGGGCUGGUUGAGGGGAAGAGGGGCUCCAAAGGCAUCUUAGCUAAGCUGCAGGGCUCAGAAAGGGGAAUCACGAUGGAUCAAAAGAUUUUAUUAUUUGACAAAAAAGAAUCUUACACACCAAGAACACAAAACCUUAUUGGAAGGACAUUACUUGUGUAUAGCAGAGAUGCCAAUGGCUAUCUUUACAGUAUACAGGAUUCAUUAGAAUCAGCAGAAUUAAAAUCCUAACAAAAGGAGAUUAAGUGGUUAUACAAAGUAAGCUCCUCCUCCCUCCCACCGCCCCAAACAAAAACCUAGUGAAAGACUGAAAACCGUUUUAGCUCACAUAAUCCAAUGAACAGCCUGGAAACAGCCCAAGCAUCAGCCAAUACAUGCUUGUGUAGCCUGCCCCCACCAUCUGGGGGUGCCAUCAGUCCACAUUCUUUAUAUCUGUGCACAGGGCAAGCCCAGCUGACGCUAGUCACCAAGGCAGGUGCAAGCAUAACCUGAAUAGCUACUUUGUGAAGUUGCUCAGCGAAAGAGGCUACAGCAAAACCAAAUGCUAGCAGUGAUCCUGUCCAGGGUGUUAUCACAGGACCUUCUUUCCCUGCCCUCCAUUUUCCAAAGAACAGAACUCAAUAAAAAUACCCAUUGAGACACUAUCAGGGCUAAGUGUAAACUAUCAUCAGAUCUAUACUUUAGCCCCCCUGAGGUAAAAAAUAAAAUUUAAAACAUUAGAAAUGGCUACAAAAAGCCAGAGGUCCCUCUCAGGGGUUACAUCCCUGCCCUGGAACCAGAAACCCUUUGGAUUUCUCCUAUUUCCUGGAUCCUGAGGGUUUAGGGUAUCUUGCCUAGUACCAUCCUCCUGGCCUAUUUUGUCUUCUCCCCCAGACCUCAAAGCUGCUCUUGGCACUUGUGUUUAGAAGACCCAGGAGCAGAGGCCAGCAUGGGCCAUAAACAUUAGUCUGGAGGGUCUUUUGUUGCCAAGCCCCAUGGGCCUGUCAGGGUAUUGUUGACAAGGGCCCUGGAAAUGCAGGCUCCACAAGAGCUGGUGGGUAGGCAGGGCUGAGGGAAGUGUCAGAGGCUGCAAGGUGGGAAUGGAGUCAGCCCCCAGACUACUCAAGAAAACACCAGGCCACUGGUUGAACAUAUCUAUGGCUGGGACAUCUGGUUGUCCACUCUUUUCCUAAAGCAUUGCUGGUCUGGGGUGCUGCAGAUGUCAGCCUUGGUACAUAAGUCCUUCACCUGGUGGGAUGGGACAGUCAGGCAGCAAUCUGGAUUUACAAGGGUUUUGCUGAUCUUCAUUCCCCUCCCUCAAUGCAUGGAAACUUUUCAACCUACUGUCAAGGAUCUAGGGAGGUC